AGGGAACAAGGGCUCAAAAGCCCGAGACACCAACGGCCAUCGUCUUCAAGCUAGGGUUUUGGGUUUUGAACAACUCUCUCAGCAUCAGAACCAAAAUGGCGGAACUGAUUUGCAGAGCUCUUCGAGACGGAGCGUUGGACGGCGAGCACGCGCCCGCUCUCACAAUAAAGGACUCCAUCGACUCCCCCUUCGGACCCCACGUCUUCAACCACGUCCUCGCCCAGCUCUCCGCCAAUAUUCUCUCGGCUAAAUCGCAGUCGCAAGGUCUAGUUCUCGUUGCUUCGACUAGGAGUCCGUCUUUCUAUUUCGAUUUGCUCAAGGGUAGAGGAACUGACGUCGCUUCCUUUCCUAAAUGGCUUAGGGUUUUGGAUUGUUAUACGGAUCCUCUUGGCUGGAAGGUUCGGCUUAUGGAGUGUGGAAGCAUUAGCAAUCGAUUGCCGGAAGCUUCAAACACUGUCAGGUUGUGUAAUGAUGUGAGAGAUUUGGACAAAUUGUCCUUGUCAGUUAUUGAACUUGGGAGAGAAUUGGUUGGACAAGGAAAAGGGCGCUUCUCAGUUGCCAUAGAUUCGGCAACUGAAAUGCUAAGGCAUGCAUCCAUAUCUUCACUUGCAGCCCUUCUAAGCAACCUUCGUAGCCAUGACCAAGUUUCUUGUGCGUUUUGGUUGUUACAUUCGGACCUUCAUGAAGUCAGAGUCACUGCUGCUCUUGAAUACAUGUCCUCUAUGCUCGCCAAUAUAGAACCAAUGGCCCGGCCAACAAACGUUCAGAGAUGCAACUCUGAUAACCUUUCACUUCUUGAACAGAAUUCCAACAAAGGGAAAUUUCAUGCUCGUUUGAAGCGCAGAAAUGGAAGAGUUAGAUUGAUGAGUGAAGAGUUCUGCAUUGAGCCAUCGGGCAUAAAGUUUACAGCUGUUUCUUCUGAUGAUGGAAUGAUUACUCAAAGUCUUGUGCCUAAGGUGCAAUUCAACCUUCAACUCUCAGAAGAGGAGAGAAUUGAGCGGGCAAAAGUUGUACUUCCAUUCGAGCACCAAGGAACUGGUAAGCCCAUUGAAAUCUAUGAUGGCCGGCAAUCUUUCGAUCAGAUCAAUAUGGAGAGUAGCUCUGGUUCUGCCGAGAAAUUGCAAACAAAUCAGGAUCCUGGCAAGGGGGAGAUCAUUUAUUUUCGUGAUUCAGACGAUGAGAUGCCAGAUUCUGAUGAGGACCCAGAUGAUGAUUUGGACAUAUGACACAACCACUCAGCGUCUUACUGUUGGAAUGCCACAAAUCCAAUGCCGAAAACUGUUUAUGUCAACCAUGGCAUUUCCAGGCAGACCAAACACAUGACUGGGUAACAAAUAUGCGUCUUUGGAGGGAAAAGCUGACUUAAUCCUGUUGGCUUAAGCUGUUGUGCUGUUAAUUAUGUAAGUUACAAGAAUUUUUUAGGAGUUUUUAGUCAGUAAUGUAUUCCGACAGGAUGAGCGAGUAUCAGCAUACGAACACAAUAUUGAGAUGAUUUUUCUUUGAACUGCUUAUUCGGCUAUGAAUAACAACAAUCAAGGAGUCAUCAUGAUCCUUCUUGGCUUGGUUGAAAA